AUGUUGCACUCAUUUUGGAUAAAGCUUAAAAAAGAAAAUAUGGAGGAUAGUCUGUAAUAAAUAAAUGGAAAUAAGUACGUUUAAAUGAAGAGGAAAUUAGGUUAGGUACAGUUGUUGCCAAAUUGUUCUUACAUUACAGAUGUUUCUACUGAUUUCAAGCGAAUGAAUCUUACAAGUGAGUUUAAGAUAAUUAAUAGAUAAUGUUCAUAUUUACACUAAUAAAAUGACUGA